UAUAGCAUCGUUUUGAGGGUAGGAGUUGAAACAAUUUAUGUCCUGGAUGUGAGGGAUCUGUAAAUAAUACUCCUUCCUCCUCCUAUUUUCCCCACAAACAAUAAUUCUGUGAGGUGGGUUGGACUUAGAAAGAACAACUGGCCCAAAGUCACCUAAUUGGCUUUCAUAUCUAAGGUGAGACUAGAACUCCCAGUCUCCUGGUGAUUGGCCCAAAGUCACCCAGCCGGCUUUCAUGCCUAAAAUGGGACUAGAACUCCCAGUCUCCUGGUGAUUGGCCCAAAGUCACCCAGCCAGCUUUCAUGCCUAAGGCAGGACUAGAAUUUACCAUCUCCUAUUGAUUGUCCCAAAAUCAUUAAUGCCAAAGGCGGGACUAGAACUCACUGUUUCCUAAUGAUUGGCCCAAGGACCUCAGGUGGCUUAGACCAGUCCAACUCCUGCUCUGAAACAUCAUGAUACAUGCAUCUACUUCCUAGCUAACAUGACUGACAAUCCAUUAUUCACUCUUGAAUUGUCCAAAUUUGACGGAAAGUCAUGGAAAUUUGGCCGUCUGCCUUUGUGGGAGAUCCCAAUUUCAGGGCGCUAACCCAGCCCUGUGAUCUCCAGCUCUCCUUUGUGCAUUGUGCUGCACAUAAAAAAACAGCAGGAACUUCAAUUGCACUGUUCCAGCCAUUAUCCCGACUUUUAUGUCCGUGCCUCUCUUGAUGUCAGCUCUACAAAGUAGUAAUGAUAACGACAUUAUCCAUUCAGUUAUGUCCAAUUCUUUGGCAAUUAGAUAGGCCCCGUCUCUCCAGAACUCCAGAUCUUGCCAUGCUUCUUUGAGUUGCUCAAUGAUCUGGCUGGGGUCAGCUUUGAUGGUGUCCAGUCACUGUGUUCUUUGAUGGCCUGUUUUCCUUUCACUAGGUAGACCUCGACGUAUGACCAUAAUUGAGCCCAAAAUUUCUGUUGCUAAGUGAGACAGUUGUUAAGUGAAUUUUGCCCUGUUUUACAACCUUCCUUGCCACAGUUUUUAAGUGCAUCGCUGCAGUUAAAUUAGUAACACGGUCAUUAAGUGAACCUGAUUUCCCCAUUGACUUUGCAUGUCAGAAGGUCACAAAAGGGGAUCACUUGACCCUGGGACCCGGCAACCAUCAUAAAUGUCAGCCAGCUGCCAAGCAGCUGAAUUUUGAUCAUGUGACCCUGGGGAUGCUGCAAUGGUUAUAAGUGUGAGAAACGGGCAUAAGUCAUUUUUUUCAGUGCUGUUGCAACUUUGAAAGGUCAGUAAAAAAAAAUGUUGUAAGUCAAGGACUAACUGUACCAUUAAUUCUUCUAAGCACAAUUCCUUUCUCCAAUGGAUUCCCCUGCAUGACAUGGCCAAAAUAAGUGAAAUGUGAUUUUUCUCUACAAGAUAAACAAGACUAAAUGCCAUACAGGUAGUCCCUGACUUACAAGCUGUUUCUUAGCUAUUUUUCUGAAAUUACAGACCCUGGAAAAGGGGGCUUACAAUUCAAAUUCAAAGAUCCAGCGUUCGCAUUCCUCGCCUCGUGCCCAUAAUUGCAUGAUCACAUUUGGGCAUUCUGCAACCAGCCCCUCUUUAUACAGGAAGUUCUCAACUUACCAGCACCAUCCCAACUGAACCCCAAAUUUCUGUUGUUAAGUGAGACAUUUGUUAAGUGAUUUUUGCUCCCUUUCUUGCCAGAGUCGUUAAGUGAAUCACUGCAGUUGUUAAGUCAAGAACAAGGGUGUUAAGUGAAUCUGGAUUCCACACUGACAUUAUAUCACUAAUUAAUUUUUUUUUUCUGGAAACCAACAUUUACUUCCAGUUUUUGGGGUGGGGAGGGGAAACACCCCAUAGCCAAUAAUGGACUCACUUAACAACUGCCACGAUCACUUUAUGGCCACUGCAUUCACUUAACAACUGCUGCAAACAAAUUGUACAAUUGGGUGUGUCCGUGUGAUGACUCAUUAUAUGACGAUCACAAAAUGGCCAAAACUGUGGUCUUAAAUAAGAUGAGUUGAGUUGAGGAUUUCCUGUAUAGGUCUCUCUUAUUGUAACAGUUGAAAAAACAGAAUUUUGGGAAUCUGAAUGUGUUUUUCCCUCCCUUUAUCUUUGGUGAACCAGGAGGGGUCUGAGUUACUUUAGCGACCGGGGUUCAAGACCCUCUUAUCUGAACAUUGCCUUGAUAGCAGCUGUAUUUCCUAUCCUUAUUCCCUUUGCAUUCCGUAAAUCUACAGAUCGAGUCACUACUGAUGAGUCAGUGAUUCUGAGCUUGGUUGUUCUUAAAGACAUUUCAUUACCCAUAUAAGUAACAUCACCAAUGCAAAUAGGUGUGGAGUUUGCUUCCUGUUUACAUACAGUGGUUUGCCCCACCAGUUUUGGUGGCGGUGCAAUUUAUCAGCCCUAUUCUUAAUGGAUCAGCCCAAUAAAAAUUCCAAUCGUUUAUUGAACAUCCGGAUUUGCUGCUGCCUUCUUGUUUCAGGUAGAACCACAGGAAAUAUGUGCAUUAUGUUGCAUGCCGAUCUAUUCAACACAGCGCCUGGUUAUCCAAAAUAUUCCUAUGCACCAGACGUGUUUCUGCUGCCAGCACUGUAGAAGGAAUCUAAGCUUGCUCAACUAUUCAGUCUUCCAAGGAGCUUUCUAUUGCAAAGUUUGUUCCAAGCUGCUUGCUGAAGUUAUAGGAAAAAGAACUCCCAACACCACCCUCAGCCCAAACCAUCAGCAACUCCUGCUGAAAGGCACUCAGCCAAAUCCAAGACAAGAAUCUAAAACUAAGAGUGGACCCACUGGAAGGAUUUUGGCCCGAGAGAAAAUGCCACAGAGACCUUCCAAUUUACACCUCCAGGAUAACCAGAGCACUGUGACCUCACAAGACAAGUUAAAAACCAUCUGCUCGCCUUUAAAGAAAGGUGCUAAAAAUUACAUCUGCAGAAAACAUGAGCGAUGUGGAACAAAGGAAACACAGCCACAAGAUUUGCCAAUAGUUCUGCAAAGGUCAGAUAGGAGUUGUCACAAGACCUGGGUGGAUAAUUCAACAUCAGAAAGUUUUGGGGAACAGAAGAAGAGCCAACUUCCAAGAGUCAUUGGCCCAAAAUGUGGAGACCAAGUUUUGCAUUGGAUUAAAAAAAUAUAUGGAAGUCAAGAACAGGAAGCAUUGGAAAGCAGACAAUUGUUUGGGGAUGAAAGAAUUGUAGGCAUUCAAGUAGGAACAAAAAUAGGAUCCAGAAUAUUAGAAAAGGCCAGGAGAUUCCAAUCGAACACAUCUGAAGUUGAAAGAAGCACUUCCAAGGUCACGCCUUUAUCGCUAAACCUUCAAAGGUCUUCCCUUGGUGGUCCAUUUCUAUCUUCUGAAGGAGCACUUAGACAUACCACAGUAACACCUGCAGCUGCAACACUGUGUGCUCCUCAACUUGCAAAAAAUCAUUCCCAGGGAAAGAAACCUGGUGAAGAUUCCUCCUGGAAGAUCACAUCUGAUGGAAAGAAUCCAAGGCAGGUGGCCAUACCUCUUCCUAAAGGCAGGACAAUGUUACCAGCUUUGGUGCCACCACUGGAGCAGAGAUCAAAGAAGAAACUCCAAAAAACCAGCCAGGAAAAUACACUGGACAUGCUAGAAACUAAAGAUGUAGAUGAACCAAAUUAUAACACCAUGGUGGCACCAUUGAAAAAUACGGAAACCUCCCAAUCUAUGCCUGAAGGUUUGGUAUCUUCUCCUGGGCAUGAAGAAAAGAAAAACGAUCAAACAGAACAUUGCGAGAAGCCCUGCCUAAAAACUAAUCAGAAACCAAAGGCAUCUUGGAUGAGCAGGAAUGAGUUCCUUGGAGAAGUGACUGAAAUAUUGCCACCUGAAGAGCGACCAAGUAUGGACUAUCAACUCUCUCCUGAAACCCUCCCUUUAAAUGAAGAAGAUAAAAAGAAUGAAAUGAGCCCAAGAGGAAUUUCAGACAAGUUUGUGACUCUAACAUGCUUUUCAGUGUCUCUGGACACUGAAGCUAUAGGUAGAACCAGUUCUUCAGCCACUGAUGGGAACAUAGAAGAUGGCAGCUCAUUAUCCAAUUCACAAGCAGAUGAUGUUGAAAAUGGGGAAGUUCUAUCAAGAAACAGCCUACAAGAACACGCCACUUUGACCCGCAACACAGAACCUGAAAUCAAAAACACAAACGAAAAGCUACAAGCAAAAGCCAGCAGUGGACCUAACCUAGAACUUCCAUUCCAAGAAGACACCUCUAGAGAUAUCAGUCUUCUGUCUUCUGCCAAAGAUCCAGAAAUACUUCCCUCCUGUGAAGUCCCACAUUUGAUAGAAAAACAGGAGACAGGACAUGUAACUAUGGAAAUCAAAGCUGAACAUGAAAGUGUCCCAGCUAUAAAGACAAGUCAAGAUAUUAUAGCAAAGUCUUCCAGAAAACAACUGUUAAAAAAAAACAACGACCCUUUUGCUCAGUUUUUUGCAUCCAAAACACAAAGAAGUAUUCCCAGCCAAAAGCCAAUUUCAGGAACCAAGAAAACACCCAAGGCUCAGUCUGCUCUGCUCACACUCUUUGGACAUUCAGUGAAUAAAGACAAGAGUCAAAAGGAAUGGCCAAGAAAAGAUUUAGGAGAACUUUCAGGAAAAGUAAAUUUACAAUCUACACAUUUCUCAAGCCUAUCAAAACCCGAUUUUCCCAAGAAAGACAAGAACUCUGGAGUAGUUCUCCAGACAAGGAAUUCAGAGGCAGGCCCACAAGUAUCAGAGGUGACACAUAGAAUUGGCUCAAAAGGAAAUCAAAGCAGGAAUUCUCCACCCUUGGACAGUUUGACAGUUUCUUUGGAGUUGGGAAGAGAGAUUUCAAGCCCCACAAGAAUGCAGUCUAGAUCAAAGUGCCUUGAUGUUCCCAGGCAAUCAAAUACAAAACACGCAGCUGAGGAACCUGAAAAAUCAUUGCCACUAACUAGUUCUCAGAGUUGUGAGAUAUCUACAGAGAACAUGUCACAAUGUUCUGCAAAUACUUCAGUGGAGACAAGUGUUUCUUGCAGAAAUAUCCUUUCUGAGCAGGAAUUGGACAAUGUGAAUAGUCAGGAUUUAGAGCUAAAGGCAAGAAAUGUUUCAUUAUUAGAUCCUUUGGCAAAAGGUGAAACCCAGGCAUUAGAUGAGGAAAAUUGGGUCCCUGAUAGGCUUUCAACUUUUAAGGGGACGGAAGUAUCAGCAAGGACGGAAGAAGAGAAUGUAGAAUCCUCACCUGGAUCAGAUACAGGACUUGUACCCAUGAUAGGUCAUUUUUGCUCAGGGUCUUCAGAAAACUUUCUGGGGCUCAGCCAUCCACAAUUUACAGAGUUGGAGCCAAAUAUGAUGAUCAAAGAGAACAGUCAGCUUCCAGAAAGUGGAAAUUUCCAGGCACUGGAGUCUAAUUCAGAUCAUCCUUUUGAACUAACUCUGCACGUUGAACAAACCACAAAUGAGAAUUACUCCAUUAAAGAGGACCACUUCCACCCAGUGCUUAUUCCAUCUCAAUCCAUGCCCGAGCUCCUUCGAGACACCCUCCAGAGCAAGGCUACAGGAAGAUCAGCUGAAGUUACAAGUCCACCAGAGGACCAAAUAUAAGUGUCGGAGAGUAGAUAUCUACAAGAACAAUUGCUAUAACCUUUGAAACCUGGUGCCUAUAGAGGCUUACUGGGUUUAAAAACAACUGCAAUUAAAUCUAAACCAAACUGAUGGAAAACCACUCUGUAGACACCCAAACACAGGUAUAACUAUUCGAUUAGUGCCGUUCUAAGUUACAACAGCACUAAAAAAAAGGUGACUCAUGACUGAUCCUCACAUUUACGACGCCAUGAUCACAUGAUCAAAAGUUGGACACUGAACAACUAGCUUGUGUUUUCCGAUGAUAGCAGUGUGCCAGAGUUAUGUGAUCUUCCAUUGGUGAUCUUCCGAUCCAGUUUCCAACAGUCAAUGGAUGAGGCAAGAUUUGUUUAAUAAUCACAUGAUUCACUUAACAACUCCAGUGAUUUGCUUAACAACCAUGGCAAAAAAAAAAUGAAAAAUCUAACGCAAUUAACUUAAUAACCCCUUCUUUAGGGGGGUGGGGGGAAACUUGGUCACAGUUGCAGUUGCAAAUAGAGAACCAUAAAUUUUUAUCAGAACUUUCUUCCUGCAAUCAUAAGAGAGCUUAGAUUGGAUGCAAUUAUUUCUAUUGCAGUUGUCUCUCUUGUGGCUUACGGCUCAAUGCUGAACCCAACAGAAAUCAAACCAAGGUAACUGAAGAAAUACAGGUAGCUCUUGACUUUGGCCCACAAUUGAAUCUGUUGCUAAGAGAGGUCGCCACAAUGUAAAAAAAAAAGUGGAGACUCUAGAAAGAGUGCAGAGAAGAGCAACAAAGAUGAUUAGGGGACUGGAGGCUAAAACAUAAGAAGAACGGCUGCAGGAACUGGGUAUGUCUAGUUUAAUGAAAAGAAGGACUAGGGGAGACAUGAUAGCAGCCUUCCGAUAUCUCAGGGGCUGCCACAAAGAAGAGGGAGUCAAGCUAUUCUCCAAAGCACCUGAAGGCAGGACAAGAAGCAAUGGGUGGAAACUAAUCAAAGAGAGAACUUAGAACUAAGGAGAAAUUUCCUGACAGAACAAUUAAUCAGUGGAACAACUUGCCUCCAGAAGUUGUGAAUGCUCCAACACUGGAAGUUUUUAAGAAGAGGUUGGAUAACCAUUUGUCUGAAGUGGUGUAGGCACGAAGUAGGGGGUUGGACUAGAAGAUCUCCAAGGCCCCUGGCAACUCUGUUAUCCUAAAAAAAAAAGAUAGUUGUUAAUGAGUUUUGCCGCAUGUUACGACCUUUUUUGUCACAGUUAUUAACCACUGCAGUUGUAGAGUUAGUAACUCGGUUAUUAAGUGAAUCUGGCUUCCCUAUUAACUUUGCUUGUUAGAAGGUUACAAAAAGGGAUCACAUGACCCUGGGACACUUCAACCGUCAUAAAUAUGAACCUGUUGGCAUGUGUCCAAAUUUUGAUCCCAUGACCAUGGUACAUGGUGCAAUGGUCAUUGAGUCAUAAACUUGCAGUCCGAGAUAAAAUCCAUUGAAUUAAAUGAGGUAGUUGUAGUAAGUGGGGGGGGGACUCCAAGAGAGACCCACAUUACUUAGCUAGGAGAUGUGGAUCAGACUUCAGCUAGUCCUCAACUUAUGACCACAAUUGGGACCAGAAAAUUCAUCGUUAAGCAACAUGGUUCUUAAGCAAGGCAUCAAUAUCUGAUUUUAUAAACUUUUUUGCCAUGGUCAUAGCGGGUCAUCACAAUUUGCGACUUUUGCAAGACAUGUCAUGUAAUUGUGAUUUGCCAGCUUCCCCCUUGACUUUUGAGCCCAAAAUUUCUGUUACUAAGUGAGACAUGUGUUAAGUGAGUUUUGCCCUGUUUUUACUUUCUUUCUUGUCACAGUUGCUAAGCGAAUCAGUGCAGUUUUUAAGUAAGUCACACGGUUGUUAAGUGUUUCUGGCUUCUCCAUUGAGUGCAGAGAAGAGCAAUCAGGAUGAUGAGGGGACUGGAGUCUAAAACAUGCGAUGAACAGUUGCAGGAAUUGGGCUUCGCUAGUCUAGUGAAGAAAAGGACCAGAGGAGACAGGAUAGCAGGGUUCCAAUACUUGAGGGGCUGCCACAUAGAGGAAGCGUUCAAGCUGUUUUCCAAGGCCCCUGAAGGCCAGACAAGGAAUAAUGGAUGGAAACUGACCAAGGAGAGAUUCAACCUGAAAAAUAAAGAGAAAUUUCCUGACAGCGAGAACAAUCAACCAACGGAACAGAAAAUUGCCUUCAGAAGUCGUGGGAGCUUCAUCACUGGAAGCUUUCAAGAAGGGACUGGACUGCCAUCUGUCAGGAAUGGUGUAGGGCAGGGGUCUGGAAACUUGGCUCUUUUAAGACUUGUGGACUUCAACUCCCAGAGUUCCUCAGCCAGCAGAGCUAGCUUGAAGUCAGCUUCAAGUCUUGAAGUUGAAGUCCACAAGUCUUAAAAGAGCCAAAUUUGCAGACCCCUGGUGUAGGGUCUUCUGCUUGGGUGGGAGGUUGGACUAGAUAACCUAUAAAGUUAAAUUGACUUUGCUUGGCAGAAGACUGCAAAAGGAGAUCACAUGACCCUGGGACACUGCAACCAUCACAAAUACGAGUCCGUGGCCAAACAUCUGAAUUCUGAUCAUGUGACCAUGGGGAUGUUGCAGUGGGAAAAACGGUCAUCCAACGCUAUAGAAACUUUGAAUAGUCAUUAAACGAACUGUUGUAAGUCAAGGGUUACCUAUACUUGACAUAACUUUGAACUGUCAUUAAACAAGUUGUCAGGGUUCCAAGGAACACCCCCAGAUAUGUGGCCAUAUAUCCAGGACUACCUAUAUAUUUUAAUCCUCCAGUCCUCACUUGGGCCUAGUGGCAUGAUAGGUGGUGACAUUAAACAAGAACUAGUCUAACUACCUCUCUCUUAAAACCUCACUUGUGUUAUCCACAUUCCUUCUUAGCCCAUAAAAAAACCUGAAAAAGAUUGAAAAUAGCAUCCACUUUUAUUUAGACUACUGCCCAACUGCAGGUUGUUUCAUCCAUUUCAGUUGUUUUUCCUCUUUAUAGGGUAGGGAAAAAACCCUGAACUGUCAUUAUUCUGAAGAAAGGAAAUUGCUUUUACUAACCCCAGGAAAUCACACCACCAUUCAAUUUCCUCCUUUUUCCCUGGGCAUAAAAUAAAAAUGAAAAGGGGGUCAAUUAAAAUGAAGAAAAUGAUUGUAUGCUGAGAAACUAGGAACAAUAUGUUCUCCCAUCUUGCCUUAAUAGACACAGGAAAAAAAAGAGAAUACCUGGGACAUAAUUCUACACACAUGAAGGAUGCAGAGAUAAUAUUUUCUAUCUCUCCAGUAUCCUUUGGGGAGAUGCCGUCGGGGCUGUAUACAGUUAUUUUUCCUUUACAGCUAGUCCUCCACUUACAACAGUUCAUUCAGUGACUAUUCAAAGUUAUGACCGCACGGAAAAAAAGUGACUUAUGACCCCUUUUCACACUCAUGGCAGUUGCAGCAUCCUCAGCAGAGGUGGGUUUCAGCAGGUUCUGACCAGUUCUGACGAACCGGUAGCGGAAAUUUUGAGUAGUUCGGAGAACCGGUAGUAAAAAUUCUGACUGGCCCCGUCCCCCCAUCUAUUCUCUGCCUCCCGAGUCCCAGCUAAUUGGGGGAAAUGGAGAUUUUGCAGUAUUCUCCCCUGGAGUGGGGUGGGAAUGGAGAUUUUAGAGUAUCCUUCCCCUGCCACGCCCACCAAGCCACGCCCACCAAGCCACGCCCACAGAACCGAUAGUAAAGAAUUUUGAAACCCACCACUGAUCCUCAGGGUCCCAUGAUCAAAAUUCACACGCUUGGCCACUGAAAUAUAACGGGGUCAUGGGAUCCCCUUUUUCGAUGUGAUUUUCUGACAAGCAAAGUCGAUGGGGAAGCCAAAUUCACUUCACAGCUGUGUUGACUAACUGAACAACUGCACUGAAUUCACUCAGGGAUGGGCUUCAAAAAUUUAAGCAAGGGGGUUUCUGCCUGGUUGCUGGGUGGGCGUGGCCAUGAUGGGCAUGGCCUACUCAGUCUCCUGCACCACAGCAGAGAUGGUCUUUUUGCCCUCCCUGGGCUCCAAAGCCAAGCUCCGGAGGCCCUCUGGAGACCAGAAACGGGCCAUUUCUGGCCUUCCUGAACUUCCGGUAGGCCCGUUUUUCGCCCUCCCCGAGCCUCCACAUGUGCCCUGGACUUACUAGCAUCCGCGUGGGGACUCCAGGGAGGGGCGGGGCGGGAGGGGCCAUCUAGGAGUGGGAUUUGGGGGUUCUUCUAACCGCACAUAAUCUUAGCUAGAGGUUCUCCCGAACCCCACAGCAGCCCCAACACCUGGAUUCACUUAACAAUUGUGGCAAGAAAUGGGUCAAAAUUCAUUUAACAGCUGUCUCAGUUAGCAACAGAAAUGUUGGGGCUCAACUGUGGCUGUAAGUCGAAUUUGAAUCCUGGAAGACAGACAAGAUUUUCCAUCGUUAAGUUGAUGGGUUAAAAAGUGCUGGCCCAAAUAGCAUAUGUCGCACCUGUGCUAUUUCUCUCCAGGAAACAAUGCAUGGCUAUUUGGAAGAAGUUCCCACUAAGGGAUUUUAAUAUUGAUUUUAUUGCUUUCUUCUUUUUUAAUUGUUACUUUCCUUUUCCCCCUCUUUCUCUGAAUUUUUCCCCUUCCUCCCCUUUUCUUCCUUUUCCACUGCUUUUGAUUUUUAAUCAUAAUCACAAAAUAACCAUAUAUCAAAAUAUUAUGGUUAGUGUUUUAUAGAGAUUGCUGGUGAUUUCUUAUGAUGAAUGGAUGAACCGAGUUUUGUAAAUUUAACAAAUACAAAUCAGGAAAGGGUAGAACUUCAAAUGUUAUCAUACUUGCAAAUGCUUUGGUCAUUUAGUGAUGUGUAAUCUUUUAUCCGCAG